GUGCCCUCCGGGGUUCCAGAUCACAUUACCAGGCAUUGCAGUUGAUUGCUGGUUCCUGGGCUGUUUCAGCCUCUCUCAGAGCACUAAGUACUGGUUCUUUCAAUGUAUUUUCUGAAGAAAUUUUAAAACUACAUUUGUUAUCAAAGCAUAAAUUGGGGAAAGUAGGUCGCUCUUCCUGAGAUUGUGGCUGACAGCUCUCUCAGCUCUCGCUGGUGAAGCCAUGGCCUCAGUUCCUUCCAUUGGAUGUCUUCUGGCCACAAAUCAGUAUUAUCGAAAACCUAGUAUUUCUUCAGUUAGUUCAUUGACUGCCACUGAUUCUGUUAACAUCAUAGAUGAAGAGAAACCUCUACAAGGGUUACCCGAAGUGGCAGAAUCCACCUGGUGGUUUAAAUCAUUUUUCUAUUCUGAACCUGUGCUUUCAAAUGUGAGAAGCAAAGGUCUGUCUGCCAGCGGCACUCACAGUUGAUUUUGAAAUGAAGAUUCUCCCCGGCUUUGAAGCUGCAGGAUAAGCUCUAUCCUCAGUGUGCCAGCUAUUUCAGAAGACUCUCCUGACUUAUAUCUCAGCCAUGAGACAAGAUAAAAAAAGCCACCCAUAUAGCAGAAGUUGGUGAAUUUUCCUCAAUGAAAAGAGGGUCAUUGCAAGUGGCAUCAACUACAUGGAGACUGGACUUUGUGCUUUUAGAGAAAUGUGCCUUAUUAGAACAAUGAGGCUUUUCAUUUUAUUGUACUAUCUGUAUCUAGAAAUUUAAGUUAGAUUCUUUUUAUGUCUGUUGAAUGACUUAUAAUGUUUUAAAAUGUAGUCAUUUAGGGUACUGGAUUCUAAGUGUAGAAAAGAGUUCCAAAGUUGUAUUUCAAAUCACAAAAGUUAGAAAUAGCAUCAUACCCUUAAAUGUACUACUUUUUAAACUACUUUAGAUCUAAUUGUGUAGAGUUUAAAAUUCAUGAUCUUCACACUUAAAAUGUGUAAUAUUAUGAUGAUACUAUAUUAAGGAAAAAGUAAGAUUAUCUAACUAUAUGGUAUGAUUUUAAUUGUAUUAAAAAAUUACAAAUGGAUAGGAAUAGGUUGAAAGGAGUGACACCAAAAGGGUGACAGUGGUUAUAUGUACAGAUAUGGGAUAAUGAAUAAUUAUAAUAUUCUGCUUGACAUAUUUUCUGUAUCUUCACAUUUUCUAUGAUGGAAAUCUUUGUGUAUAAACAUAAAAUGGUAAAUGUUAAUAUAAAGAUAAAUACUAAAAUAAAUUUUCUGAAUAUGCAUGUUCCCUAAAUUUAUCAGAAUAUUCUCUAUUUUCUUCAAUAUUGAGUGGCUAAAUGUUAAUGACUUUUAUUUGAAAACCUUUAGUGAGAUGCUUAUGAAUGUUUUUCAAAAUAAAAUGGAGACUUAGAUGUCAGGGAUAUUAAAUUCACUUAGAGGCAGAUGUCACUAAAGACAUGUGGCUAAUGUCAUAUUAAACAUCCAGUAGAGCACACAUGUUUAUUAUCCAACUACAGAAUCAUGACAAAAAUGUGAAGCCUGGCCUUUGUAUCUGUUCACAUUAAUGACUGAUCAUCUGCUCUCUCCAAAUGGGAAAUACAUUUUUUUUUUCCAUUUUGUGUUUCUCUGUCACCUGUCAGGAACUCAAAUGUCACAUUCUCCUAUUUUAGUGAGGGUGAACUUUUUAGAGCUUUGAAUGAUACAAACAGCCUGCUGUGGCAGGUGUAUCAUAAGUUUGCCACCAUUGUUUACAAAUUAUGGCUUUUCUGGUGUUUGCUUUCAUAUAUACUUUUUGUUAAUUUAUAGAAGCCAAUGCAAUAUUUUUUGUGUGUAUUUCACUUGGCUUAAGUCUAAAAUUAAAUCACAACAAUUACAGACUCAUUCUUUUUAAGUGAGAGGGAAAACAGAGUGAAGCAAAAUGGUAAAUUGUGGGAGGUUUGUUUUUAUGUUUAUAUUUAUCAACAAAUUCCAGUUUUCUCAACCACUUGUUAAAUAUGUGGACAGAUUGUUUAUUUGAUGAACUUACCAAAAUGAGAACUCAGCCUCUACUUUGUUUACUUAGGGAAGACAUCACUUAUUAAGUUAUUUAAUUUUUUGGCUAGUGUAUUAUUUUGCUCGUAGAUCUGUUAAAAAGUAUAGCUUUUAAUUUAGCUUAGACAAUUAUCAUUGUUUCUGAAAGUUUAUAAAGUAGUUAUAGUUCAUGUAACACUUCAAGUCAAACAUAUCAUGUGCAAGAUGUUAACUGUUUUUAGAGUAUUUUUGGAUACUAAUAAACAUGUGCACAGGCAUACCACAUGUAGUAAGGAUGGAUACCUUGUAAAAAUAUAAUUUUUCUGGAAAAUAAUAUUAAAAUGAAC